AUGAUGACUGACAGACCGGACACUCUCCCUCCGCCAGUCUCGAUUCCUAGCCAAGUCGUCCCCAUCCUCCCUCCAAGGCCAGUCGUUGAAGAGGACGAAACCACCCCAGUAGAGGUGGCUGAGGAAGAGCCGUACACUAUCAAGUGUAUCUGCAAAUUCUCUGGCGAUGAUGGAAAUACUAUAUAUUGUGAGAAGUGCGACACUUGGCAGCACAUUGAGUGCUUCUAUCCCGAAAACAGAGCCGAGGCGAUCCGCGAGGAUUUUGCCCACGCCUGCGCAGACUGUCAUCCUCGGCCGUUGGACCGCCAAAAGGCAGUCCUGCGUGCUACCCAAUUGAAAAAUGGCGUCGCUCCGUCGACUCAAUCGGAGAAGAAGCCCAAACGCCCUCCUCCCAAAUCUCAGAAGAAGAAGAUCAAACCUGCGGAUGGCUCGUCGAGUGACAGCAAGCGAAACGGCGGCAUUAGCGAUCAUCAGCAGCAACCCGCGCCGAAGAAGCCAAAGACAGCACAUCGCUCCUCUCAGUCCGUUGGAUCCCUAGCAGCUAAACGAAGCCCAUCAAUAUCACAAGCGCGAGGGCCGCACGGACGACCGCCAUCCCCCGCCAACAGCCCGCCCAAUCUCCCGGAAGACUUCAGAAUACAUCACUAUUCGCUGGCUUUCCAAGCUCUGUGGAAGACAGAGUUCGAAACAGUCCACGACAACACGUUCCAAGGCCUUGCGGUCCCCGGAGCGUUAGCGAGAUGGCUCCACGAUGAACAACUGAUGCAAUCCGAAGUUGGUCACAGCCGUGCUGAGGUGUUUCAAGACGCAUCGUCUGAGGCGUUGAAGCGGAAGAUGAUGGAUAAUCAAGGGAUAAUGCAAAUCGCGUCGAAAGAACAGAAUGUUGACGCAACGACCAUGUUGCGCUGGCAGUACAUGACCACUCCAGUGGCCAUUCAAAAAGAGGAUCCUAUUUUCGAACUCAACGGCGAAAUUGGAUUCCAAAAGGACUAUUGUUCGGAUCCGGAGAACUUGUGGAGUGAUCUCUCAUCGCCUCUUCCCUAUGUGUUCUUUCAUCCGGUCUUGCCUUUGUUCAUUGACACCCGGCACAAAGGAUCGCAAGCUCGGUUCGUACGGCGGAGCUGUCGCCCGAAUGCCCAGCUGGACACUCUUCUCAUUGACCGGUCUGAAUACCAGUUCUGGCUUAUCGCCGACCGGACAAUUGCACCCAAUGAGCAGAUCACUCUUCCCUGGGAUUUCCGACUGGACAAGAGUGUAGGCUCGCGAUGGCUGCACCUCUUGGGGCUCAGCGACGACGACGCGUCCCGAUCAGACGAGCCUGAGAUGAGCGAGAAUGAGUACAACGCGAUAUCAAACUGGAUCGACCGCAUCCUGUCGGAAUAUGGCGGUUGUGCCUGCGACCUGGAGAACAAUUGUGCUUUUGCUAGAUUUCAUCGCCUCUAUCUCUACAGCAAGAACCCACCGAAGACCAUGGGCAAAAAGAAGCAUCGGAAGCAUCGGACCCAAGCGAUCUCCCCCACGAGCACUGGUCAGGUCAGCCGGGCCGCAAGCGAGGGCCACGGCGAGGAUGACACUCGGUCCCAGACCGACAUAUCGCGCAGCAAACCAUCAAGCCGAGACCCUACUCCUGCCCGACAAGGUUCCCUCGACCGAAAUCGCAUCCUCACCGAGCCAACCGACCGAGACAAGCGCAAGGUGGCCAUGGUGGAAGAUUCAUUCCGCCGCAUGGAGCAACAGCAGCCCGCCCGGAAAAAGAAGCGUGUUUCUGAUGGGACUUCGACCUCAUCCAAGUCGAAUCGAAACGGCUCGACAUCGAACUACAAAGAUGCCGGGACGGGAGGUAGCAAGAACGGUUCACCAGCCGCUGCCAACUCGCCUCGGCUCCCCAACGGCUCGAAAAGACGGACGUCAUCUCACCAACGUUCUCGGCAAGCAUCAGAUGCGCCCAGACCUGUCUAUUGCAGUGCCGGAACCCAGACCGACCCCGUCGAAGACGAUUGGUUCAGCAAACCGCCCGCCCAGCCGCGCAAACGUGUCAUUUCUUUGGCAAAGCGACUAUUGCAGAAUCGGAAAUUGUGCAAGCUCGAGGACGAGAGACGACGUCGGGAGCCAUUGACACCCCGAACGUCGUCAGGCUCUGCAAUGGAGGUUGAGCUACCGAACGGCAUCAAAGCAUCCACGGGCGCGGAGACCGCGUCUCCAGCCACGUCACAAUUCGAGGACACGCACAUGAGCGACGCCCACGGCAAUUCGAGUCCAACCAGCGAAGGCAGUUCGAAGAAGAAGACACCAGAUCUUCGCGUGCAGAUGCCACCCGUCCCAACUUUCGACAACACCGGUCUCCGGCCCGUCAGCGAUACGGCGCCUGCAUCCGCCUCCAGCACGGCUCAAUCGCCCCUCUCCACCUCUAGCCUUCCCACUUCCUUCCUCACAGGUGGUAUGAAUGGCUUCGUCCAACCGUCGCCUGCCAAGAAGAAGCUAAGCCUGAGCGACUACACGAGAAGGUCAAAGGCGGCAAGCAAAGUGACGGGGGACGCGAUCACUGUCCGGUCGACGUUGUUGAGCCCGGCGGAGACAAAGGUGGAAAUUGUCAUGGACGAUGUGAUGAGCGAGGCAAAGCCUACCACUGACUCAACUCUGGUCCCGAUCAAGGACCCAUGA